UCAAGUUCAUUAAUCAUAUCCAUGGCUAUUUCUUCUUCAAGCUCUACUUUGUUUCUUGUUUUUGCCUCACUCCUGGUCUUCUCAUGUCUUCUUUACGUAUCGGAAGCCGAUUACUCGGCCCCCAUUACUAAAGGUUUGUCAUGGGAUUACCACCAUAAGACGUGUCAUAAAGUCGAAAAAAUUGUUAGAAAACAUCUCAAGAAAGUGUUCAAGGAGGAUAUCGGCCAAGCUGCUGGCUUGCUCCGCCUUCAUUUCCACGAUUGCUUUGUUCAGGGUUGUGACGGUUCAGUAUUGUUGGAUGGAUCACACGGCGGUCCAAGUGAACAGACCGCGCCUCCUAACCAAAGUCUAAGAAAGCAAGCAUUCACCAUCAUUGAAGAUCUUCGAGGUCUAAUCCAUAGAGAAUGUGGGAGAGUCGUUUCUUGCGCUGAUAUUGUAGCUCUUGCAGCUCGUGAUGCAGUUCAUCUGUCAGGUGGCCCUGACUACGAUGUUCCAUUGGGUAGAAAAGAUGGACUGACAUUCGCCACACAAAAUGCGACCCUAGCCAACCUUCCUGCACCAACAAGCAACGCCUCGACCAUCCUCUCUGCCCUUGCUACCAAAAACCUCACCCCCACCGACGUAGUAGCCCUUUCAGGAGGCCACACCAUUGGCAUUAGCCAUUGCACAUCGUUCACCCCUCGUCUCUAUCCCACCCAAGACCCUACAAUGGACAAAACCUUUGCUCAAGGACUCAAAGAGGUUUGUCCCACCAACACAACCGAUGCUACCACCGUCAUGGACAUUUACUCUCCAAUCAAGUUUGAUAACAAGUAUUAUGUCGAUUUGAUCAACCGACAAGGGCUUUUUACCUCCGAUCAAGAUUUGUACACUCAUAAAGAGACUAAACCAAUUGUGGAAAGUUUUGCACAUGAUGAGAAGUUAUUCUUUGAGAAAUUUGUACAAGCCAUGAUCAAAAUGGGACAAUUGCAAGUGUUGACUGGUGAAAAGGGGGAAAUUCGUGCACAUUGUUCGAUUAGGAAUCCUGAUAACAAGGCGUAUUUCUCUUAUUUGGCUGAGGAAGAGGACCAAUACAAUCAUGAUGAACUACGUUGAUCGAUGUAUGGUUUCUAUAUAUCAACAUAAUUGUGUCAUGGUGUACGUAUUGAUCAUUUUGGUUUGAAUGUCUCUUAAAUAUGAUAUCAAGUUUUUAUGUAUAUUAAUUUCCUUCUAGCUUGAAUUGUUUGAAUAAUCAUGGUCAAAUACUUUUAA